GCCACAGCUGCCGCCUCCCCGUCCAGUCAGCAUGGCCACGCCCUUCCUGUGGAAGCUGUCGUCCCAGAAGCUGGGCUUCUUCCUGGUCAGCUUCGGGUUCAUCUGGGGCAUGAUGCUGCUGCACUUCACCAUCCAGCAGCGGGCCAGCCACGAGAACAGCGCCGUGCUGAGGCAGCAGAUCCUGGACCUGAGCAAGCGCUACAUCAAGGCGCUGGCCGAGGAGAACCAGAGUGUCAUGGACGGGCCCUAUGUGGGCACCAUGACGGCUUACGAUUUGAAGAAGACCCUCGCCGUGCUGCUGGACAACAUCAUGCUGAGGCUGGGCAAGCUGGAGUCAAAGGUGGAGAACAUCUACAACGGCACGGGGGGCAACCUGACCAACGGCACCAGCACCGCCACGCCCAGCGCCGCCAACUCGGAAAAAGUAAACGUGGCGGACCUCCUAAACGGAGCCCAGGAGAAGUGCGAGCUGCCGUCUUUGGAGGGUUUCCCUCACUGCGAGGGCAAGGUCAAGUGGAUGAAGGAGAUGUGGCGCUCGGACUCCUGCUACGGAAACUACGGCGUGGACGGAUCCACCUGCUCCUUCUUCAUUUACCUCAGCGAGGUGGAGAACUGGUGUCCUCGCCUGCCGUGGAGGACGAAGAACCUGAACGAUGAAAUGGACAGGAGGGGACAGGCGGAGGUCCGGACCAGUUUCGAGGAGCUGUACCGCGUGAUGUCACAGCGCGAGGAGUUCCGCUGGAUGAUGCUGAGGAUCAAGCGCAUGGCCGAGCCGUGGGUCAGCGCCGUCCGCUCGCUGGCCUCCAAGCAGAACCUGGCCAGGCGCCGGAGGAAGAAGAUCCUGGUACACUUGGGCCUGCUGACCAAGGAGUCAGGCUUCAAAAUAGCAGAGAACGCCUUCAGCGGCGGCCCGUUGGGCGAGCUGGUCCAGUGGAGCGACCUCAUCACCACGCUGUACCUGCUGGGCCACGAUGUCCGCAUCUCCGCCUCCCUGGCCGAGCUCAAAGAGAUAAUGCGCAAGGUCAUGGGGAACAAGUCCAGCUGUCCGACCCAGGGCGACAAGGUGGUCGAGCUCAUCUACAUCGACAUCGUGGGCCUCACCCAGUUCAAGAAGACGCUGGGACCUUCCUGGGUCCACUACCAGUGCAUGCUGCGGGUGCUGGAUUCGUUCGGGACGGAGCCCGAGUUCAACCACGCCCACUACGCCCAGUCCAAGGGUCACAAGACGCCCUGGGGGAAGUGGAACCUCAACCCGCAGCAGUUCAACACCAUGUUCCCUCACACCCCGGACAACAGCUUCCUGGGCUUCGUGGUGGAGCAGCACCUCAACGCCAGCGACAUCCGGCACAUUGACGACAUCAAGAGGCAGAACCAGUCGCUAGUCUACGGCAAGGUGGACAACUUCUGGAAGGACAAAAAGAAAUACCUCGACAACAUCCACAGCUACAUGGAGGUCCACGGCACCGUGCACGGCACCAGCACCGUGCACCUCCCGAGCUACGUCAAGAACCACGGCAUCCUGAGCGGCCGAGACCUGCAGUUCCUCCUCCGAGAAACCAAGUUGUUUGUGGGUCUGUCCUUCCCCUAUGAGGGUCCCGCCCCCCUGGAGGCCAUCGCCAACGGCUGCGCCUUCCUCAACCCCAAAUUCAGCCCUUCGAAGAGCAGCAAGAACACGGACUUCUUCAAGGGCAAACCCACGCUGAGAGAGCUGUCCUCCCAACACCCGUAUGCUGAGGUGUACAUUGGCGAGCCCCACGUGUGGACGGUAGAUAUCGAAAACUCUGUGGAGGUGGAGAGGGCCAUCCGCUCCAUCCUCAGCCAGAAGAUUGAGCCCUACCUGCCCUACGAGUUCACCUGUGAGGGGAUGCUGCAGAGAGUCAACGGCUUCAUCGAGAACCAGGACUUCUGCCACGGUCAGGUGAUGUGGCCUCCUCUCAGCGCCCUGCAGGUCAAAGUGGCCGAGCCGGGACGCACCUGCAAGCAGGUGUGUCAGGAGGAGCAGCUCAUCUGUGAGCCGUCCUUCUUCCAGCACCUCAACAAGGACAAGGACCUGGCCAGGUUCGGCGUGGACUGUCAGACGGUGGAGUCCAGCGCCGACACAGUGGUCCCCGCCUACAGCGAGACCCGCCGCCACUGCAUCUUCCAGUCCGACCUGCUGCUGUUCAGCUGCGCCGGCUCCCACCAGUCGCUGCGGCGCAUCUGCCCCUGCCGUGACUACAUGAAGGGCCAGGUGGCGCUGUGCAAAGACUGCCUAUAGCACCAGCACGCAGGCCGACGGGAGGGAGGGAGGGGGGGGGGGAGGGAUCGGGGCCCGGCUGAGGAGGAGGAGAGGUUAAAAUGAAGUCGGAGCAGCUUAACGAGUGUGUUUGGGACUCAUGCAGCUCGCUAUCAAACACACUUUUUUUGUGGGAAGAUGUCUGGACAGAAGAGACUGUGUACGUCCAUCAUAUUUAUUGUUUCCCCCCAAGCUGCUGCAAGUGAAGCAGCCGACCUGAGCAUCCGCCAACCCCCGAUCCUAUGGGAGCCGUGUGAAAUUACUUGAAUCAACAAAGGGAGCCGACGUAGACUUUUAGAGUGCAGCGAAACGAGCUGCUCCGUCCUUUGGUGGACUGCACCAAUCAGUGACCGCCCCGCCCACCUGUCUGUCUGUCUUCAGGUUCAGGGCAGCAAGGGACCAAGGAGACUCAAACCCCCCCCCCACCCCAAC